AUGGCUAUGGCAGCCACGACGACCCGCACCGACCAGGACGAGAGCCGCGCACUGGCGCUCCGCGACCUCCUCAACGACUUUGAAGUCAAGCAGCGCGGCUUGCUGCUCAUGGCCAUUGACAAGGCCAUGGACAAGGCCAUGAAGAAGCAGAGCGAGAUGCUCGAGACGAUCCGGACGAAGGUCGAGACGCGCCAUUGCGCCGCUGUGGACGAGCUCCGGGACGACCUGUCCCGUCUCCAGCCCGCGCUCCUGCUCGAGACGCUGAUUGGCCGGACCAUGGACGUGCAGCAGAACCCGGGCCUGGUGAACUGGAUGCGAGGGGACGACGCGAAUCGCGCGACGAGGGACAAGACAAAGGACAAGCCGACGCCGAGUGACCCGAAUAGUGACAGUGGUCACAAUAGUGACACGCACAGUGACACGGACAGUAAAGACGGGCGGCGUCUCAAGGACGAAGCUCUCGUGUGUCUCACUAAGCUCCGGGGCCACUUGGAAGCUCGACAAGGCAAUGCCUUUCGCAGUGACUUUGAAGCGCUCUUGGUCUUGUAUAUGGAGUACCUGGAGAUCCCGAUGGAACAUGGCGCGCGGCUGAAUAAUCGGAUUGAAGAUUUGUACCAAGGGUUGCUCGACAAGGCAGGUGCCAAGCAUGACUUAAUGCAUCUCGUGCACCGCGUGCGCUGGGCGUGCUUUGGUGUGCGCGCUAUUGGCAAUGCCCGCUCGCACGAAGCAACGUUGCUUUCGGAGAGUGAAAUUUUUGAACUCUGUGGCUGCUUUAGUGCACUGGGAGCAGGGCUGCCGACGCUUGCGCUGGAGUUUAGUGUGUCAAAAAAACGUCCGGACGAGAGCGGGGUCUCGUCGUCGGGACCAAGUGAUAAGAAGGUACCUCGAGAGAUGUCUAAUUCUGGUAAAGAGAUGGAGAUGCUGGCGCAGUUGCGAGAAGCUGCCGCUGGGAACGGUAGUGACCAGACGCCGUUUGACUUUAUCAUCCAACUUAUGGCCAACAAUGGAUUUAAUGUCAACAAUGCGUCUGCGUCGCCGCCAUUGCCGGAAUCGCAAACUAAUAGUCCGUCGUUGCUCUCUUCUGGGUUCAGCAAUGACAGCUUCACUUUAUCUGGCUCAACCCCGUCAUCGUCAUCGUCGAAACCACCAGGUUUGACUAAUUUGAGCUUGUCGGGUUUGAAUCUAAACAGUUCCAGCAUGAAUGGAUCCUCCUCCGCUUUGAACGGGUUAACACUGAACGGAUUAAAUUUGCACGGAUCAACUUUGAAUGGAUUAAGUAUGAAUGGAGGAUCAACAACGAGCGGAUCAACUUUUAAUGGAUCAGCGUUUAAUGGAUCGACGUUGAACAGCUUGAAUUUACACUGCUUCGACUCGGGCGAGCGCACUUCAAGCCAUGUGCCACCCUUAUCGCGUCUAGGCUCGAUUGGCAGCCUCAAUAGCAACACCAGUCAACCGAUACCGAUUCGGUACAACGAUAAUGCUGGUGGCGUGUGGUCGCAACCGCCGCUUCCGCCUAGCUAUGCGACUCCGCCGAGAAACGUUACGCAAUCGCCGAUGUCUUUGGGGUAUGAUAGUCCUACAGAGAGAUCGCCGCAUUCGCUACGAGCUGAAAGCCCGGUAAAAAGCUCGUUAUACCCACUGGUGCCUUAUAGAACUGAGAGCCAACCGAAGGCACCGCCGCAACCUCCAGCUGUCGUCGCUGCGCCACAGAAUGAAGUACCAUCGCAGGCUAAUUUGGCACUCGUCUCGACGUUCACGCUUUAUCAUCAUCGUCCGACGGAAUUGCCCAGGGAGAGCGAUCGCGUGCGCAAGGCCAUGUUUGCACGUAUGCUGAAUCAUAUGAAUUCGUUGCCGAAAGCAACGCUAUGUCCGCUCCUGCCAAGUCACGACCCAACAUGCCCGCUCUCGCACACGUACAUGGAAGUGAUGACGUACAACCCGCUGUACAAGCGCUUGGUUUGCCGCCAACCGUCUCACUACUGGGGAAGUCAAGUGAGUGAAGACGAGAGCUGUGUGUGUCUGCACAUUGACACUGGUCUCACGUGGGAGUGGAUGGAUGAGGCGCGCGACAAGCGCAUGUACUGCCUUCGCGGUGCCAAGUGCACUAAUACCAAGUGUUUCAAGUCCCACUCGUUUGAAGAAAUGUGCUGGUACAACCCGUCCUACAAGAUUAAACGCUGUACCGUGCGCGCUCACGACCAUAUCGCGCGUGCACGCGGCACGAUCGCGCCACCGCUCGACUGCAGCUAUUACCAUAUCGAAGAAGGCAAGAACGCAGACAAGCGCGACUUUACGGCGGAACAUGAUCACGUGGGCAAAGACGUCAAGAUGCUCUUCACCGAGCGCACGCACAAGCCACUAGCCGACCUCCUGGAAGCUGUCCGUUACGCACGCGCUUACAACCUCUGA